AUGCAGCUUUCGUGUAAAGACUUUGACAAUCCAAAGGUCGCUGGGGCGGUAAACCCCCACCCCGACUACAGUUACUUCCACAGUCCUAUCCCGAACCCAAACCCUACUUGGCGCCCACACCCGGACCCCCGCACACCUGUGACCACCGCGGACAAUAAAAAUGCCCUAACUCCUGGUUCAAGACUAUCAGAUGCGAUAUUGCAGUUAAUGGCAACCAAAUAUGUGGCCAGCCUCUUUGCCGCCACAUCUGGAACACCCAUCCCGGUGCCACUCUUAAUCCCUUCCGCACCAACAUUCCCCAGGCUGAGUGCAUUGCAGACGUGGAGAACUGCCCGUUACGUGAAGGAGCCUGGUGAGGGUCCUAUGUACAGUAUUAUUCAGGAUUACUGUAACUUCCUCAAGCAGCUGGCCCAGGAAGAUAACAACUUUGCUCAGCAGUUUGGGACUGAGUUCCAUCGUCCUGUAUAUGAUCCGGGUAUUUACUCUACGUAUUCCCUGCGUAUGCUAAUAUUUCCUAGAGGCUGGCACAAAUCUUCCCCACUACCCUCUAAGCCACCUACCCCACUGUCUGCCCCCAAGCGCAAGCGUGCUCCACCGAAGAAGGGUCACAAGGCCACCGGUAGCCGGAAGCAGCCGGCGCGCGCCAAGAAGGAUGCUGCCGAGUCGGUGCCGGAGACUGCGUAG